AUGGCGCCCGCUGGCGUCAGCCGCUUUGGCGCCGACCUCGCCAAGAUGGCGCCUGCCGCGCCGACCUCAACCUCAAUGGUUUCUGCCCUCACCAAGAUGGCGCCCGGCGGCCUCAGCCGCUUUGGCGCCGCCCGCCCGCCCCAAGAUGGCGCCGGGGGCGGCUCCCGCUUCUCCUCCCCGCCCCCCCGGCGCGCAUGCGCAGAGCCCUCAGGCCUAGGCCAGGCCGGGCCGGGCUGUACCAAGUGCAGGCCGCAGGGGGGGAGCCCGGGGGGCGUCUGCGCCGCCUGGGUCCCCCGGGCGGGCUCCGACCGCAGCCCCCCGGACCUGGGCAGGGAGCGCUGCAAGGCUGUGACCUCCUUCUACCACCAGCCGGCCAUAGACGCCGCGGCCGACAAGCCCUCCGUGCGCCUGACCCCAACCACCCUGCUGUACGCCGGCAGGUCCCAGGAUGGAAGCCACAUCAUGAAGAGCGCCAGGUACCUGCAGCAGGAGCUGCCGGUGCGCAUCGCCCACCGCAUCCGGGGCUUCCGCAGCCUGCCCUUCAUCAUCGGCUGCAACCCCACCAUGCUCCACGUGCACGAGCUCUACAUCAGAGCCUUCCAGAAGCUGAGUGACUUCCCUCCUAUCCAGAGCCCCGGGGACGAGGGCAGGUUCUGCGCCCUGCUGCGGCAGCUGCUGGAGGACCACAAGGAUGUGGUGACCCUGCUGGCCGAGGGGCUGCGCGAGUGCCGGCGCCACAUCCAGGACGAGCAGCUGCUGAAGCCCUUCCUGGACCAGACCCUGACCUCCAGGCUGGGCAUGAGGAUGCUGGCAGCUCACCACCUGGCCCUGCACGAGGACAGGCCGGACUUCGUUGGCAUCAUCUGCACCAGGCUGUCCCCCAAGCGCCUGAUCGAGAAGUGGGCUGACUUCGCCCGGCGCCUGUGUGAGCACCAGUACGGCAAUGCCCCGCGGGUGCGCAUCAGCGGCCAUGUGGCUGCCAGGUUCCCUUUCAUCCCCCUGCCCCUCGACUACAUCCUGCCGGAGCUGCUCAAGAACGCCAUGAGGGCGACGAUGGAGGCUCACCUGGACACCCCCUACAACGUCCCUGACAUCGUGGUCACCAUUGCCAACAACGACAUCGACCUGGUGCUCAGGAUCUCGGACCGCGGGGGGGGCAUCCCCCACGAGCUGCUGGAGAAGGUCUCUCAGUACCACUUCAGCACCGCCGAGGCCAGCGCCCAGGACCCGCGCCUGGGGGGGCCCCUGCGCAACCUGCUGGAGCUGGGCAACCGCGGCCAGGCCGGCCCCAUGCACGGGUUCGGCUUCGGGCUGCCCACCUCCCGCGCCUACGCCGAGUACCUGGGGGGGUCGCUGGCGCUGCAGUCGCUGCAGGGGGUGGGCACCGACGUCUACCUGCGGCUGCGCCACAUCGACGGCCAGGCCGAGAGCUUCCGCAUCUAGGGGGCGCCGGGGAGGGGGCUGCGGGGG